AUGGCCACCAACGCCGACUGCAAGAAGCUCUACGCUGCCAUGCAGAAGGCCUCCGCCACGGUCACGCCCUCGUGCACGAUCGCCGGUGUCGAGCUCAGCGCGAUCGCCACGAUGCCCUUGGAGAAGGUCUUGGCUGCCUUUGCCAACGGCCGAUGCGUCGACGACGGCCCCAUCUGGUAA